CCUGGUCCGGUGCAGUUCCCAUGUUGCCGUUCCUGUCCCGUUGCGACAUGGCCCUGCGGAGGGUGCUGGCGCUGGGGGCGGCCCUGGGGCGCCGCGGCUGCUGCUCCAAGCCCUCGCUGCCCGCUGACUUCGUGGAGGCGCUGAGGGCCGUGGCUGGGGCCCCCAAUGUCUCCACGGCCACAGCAGCGCGGGAGCAGCACGGCCACGAUGAGUCCAUGCACCCAGCCCCGGUGCCCCUGUGCCAGGGCGGCGUCUGCUUCGACCUGAGCCGCAUGGACGCCAUUGCGGAGCUGAGCCUUGAGGACUUCUCGGUGACAGUGGAGCCCGGAGUGACCCGCAAGGCCCUCAACAAGCACCUGCGUGGCACCGGGCUCUGGUUUCCUGUCGACCCUGGGGCGGACGCCUCGCUGUGUGGCAUGGCCGCCACGGGCGCGUCGGGCACCAACGCGGUGCGCUACGGCACCAUGCGCCCCAACGUGCUGAAUCUGCGCGUGGUGCUGCCGGACGGGCGCCUGCUGCACACGGCCGGGCCCGGCCGCCAGCCCAGGAAGCGGGCGGCCGGCUAUGACCUGACCUCGCUCUUCGUGGGCUCCGAGGGCACUCUGGGCUUCCUGACCCAGGCCACGCUGCGCCUGCACCCGCUGCCCGAGGCCACCGCUGUCACCGUCGCCUCCUUCCCCAGCGUGGGGGCGGCCGUGGCUUGCACCGUGCAGGUGCUGCAGGCUGCCGUGCCUGUGGCCCGCAUCGAGUUCCUGGAUGAGGUGAUGGCGGAUGCCUGCGGCCGCUUCAGUAGGAUGGAGCUGCCAGCGGCAGCCACGCUUCUCCUGGAGCUGCACGGCUCCCGGCAAAGCCUGGCUGAGCAGCAGCAGCAGAUGGAAGAGAUCGUGCGGCAGAGCAGCGGCUCCAGCCUGGCCUGGGCGGAGGGGCAGGAGGAGCGCGAGCAGCUCUGGUCCAUGCGCCACAACGCCUGGUACGCUGCCCUGGCGCUGCGGCCCGGCUGCCAGGGCUACUCCACGGACGUCUGUGUGCCCAUUUCCCGCCUGCCUGACGUGGUGGUGGAGACCAAGCAGGACCUGCAGGCCUCCGGCCUCACCGGACCCAUGGUGGGACAUGUGGGCGAUGGCAACUUCCACUGCAUCCUCGUCUUCAACUCCCAGGACCCAGAGGAGGCCCAGCGCAUCCACGCCUUCACCCAGCGCCUGGGCAGGCGGGCACUGGCAGCAGGGGGCACCUGCACCGGCGAGCACGGCGUGGGGCUGGGCAAGCGGGCACUGCUGCAGGAGGAGCUGGGCCAGGAGGGCCUGGACACCCUGCGCUCCAUCAAGGCUGCACUCGACCCCCACAACCUCAUGAACCCUGGCAAGGUGCUCUGAGGGGGAGCACCAGCACGGAGCUAGCAUGGGGAGCCUCAGCCCCUGGAGUCGGGGCCAGGGUGACCAUGCUGCCCUGCAGUGCCCCUGUUCAUGUCCCUACAAAUCCCCCCAUCACCACUACUGGAGGUCAGGUAUCCUCAAACCCCCAAUAAACCCUUUGCACUUGCAUUGUC